CGCAAAUUGUAAACGGUACUGAAAAGAAGUUAUUUGUUUUUAGAACUUUAAAAUUAUUGUGAAAUUACUGAUAACAUCUUAAAAACGCAAUUGAAAGUGUAAUUUAUGAUCCUUGUAGUGAGUGUGUUUGAGUGAAAAAUUGUAUAAUCAAGGAUUUUGAGUGAUUUAAGGCGGAGAAUGAAGCAGUAAUAACUUGCAGUUUUCCUUGUUUUUACGGUUUUUAUUGAGUUUAAUCCGUAACUGAAGGUAACGAAGCGGAACUUAAGUUAAAUACGUUGCUACUAUCUUGCACAAAGGUAGCAGGCCUAUAGUGAACUAAUUGGCAAACAUUCAAGUGAGUCAUUAUGAAUACUAGCAAAAUGGAUUCAAAAACAAAACACGUAAGAUUCUGACAUCGCCUCAAAAUGUCUCCCGAUAAACGGAAGAGAAGGAACGAGGUAAAAAGGACUAACUAGUUGAUGAUCUCAUUUAAGUGCUCAAACAAAGACUGAUAGCAAACAACAAUGAUUGCCUUAAAAAAACUUUACGGAGACGAACUACUCCGCUUAGCUUUAGUAUUAAGCCUCCUAAAGGCGAACCCGGAGGAAUUCUUAGAGAUAGAAACACAACAAAUGCUCACCGGCCUCCAUAUUUCUAACGGAUCUGAUUGGUCAUUGGAACAAGAAGCCAGAACAUUGAUAAGACCGCGAUUUGUACACCCUAAAUCGCUGGACAACAUUCUACUAAAUCACGAAAGACAUCUGUUCGAAGAGCUUAAUUCCCUAGGGCGGUAUAAUUAUCGGGUAAACAAUGACCGGAUAUGGCAUAAUCAAGCAAUUCAUACAUAUUUGGUUAAUAAUGUAUCGGCAGUUGCGCCCGGGCCUCCAAGCGACGAGCAGCAAACUGAAGAUGCCGUUUCCUCAGACGAAAAUGUAGCUCAAGAAGUGAAAAUAAGCGAGGAGGAAACGGAAGCUGACGAACCGCACACACCGGAUGCUGUAGUCACGCUAUCGGCGGACUUUUUUGAAAAUCGAACCGAAUCAGACAUCUUUGCGGAGAUAGGGAGUCGAUCGUUCGACGUGAACGAGUUUCUGCUGACUGAUGAAAUGCAGUUAAAGAAGGAAGAUCUUCUAGAUGUCAAGGUGAAAAUAGAGGCAAACGACGAAGAUGACCUCUACAGUGAUAAUGCUAUUGACGAUUUCGUACCAUACUUCACCGCAAAGGCUGAAAAGCUUGAACUAGAUGAAUCGUCAGUCUACCAUCAGAACAUAGCAGACCUACAGGACUAUGGGGAAGUCUUUGAAGACGUAAAAGAAUUGAGGAAUGAUCUCCAAAGUUUAGAUGUAAAACAGCAGCAGGAGAACUUGGAGCAAUAUUUGCUUGAAAACACGCCAUUGGAUACAGAAAUAUACGAGUUGGCCCCUUUCGAAGAUGACUUAGUUAUAGUGAAGAGAGAGAGAGCCAGUACGAGUUUUACAGCUAGCUCCAGUGGUGUGAGUGAGAUGGAUGCCUCUGACGUAAAGUUGGAGCCCGAUGAAGGUCAUCAUACUGGCGACGAGCUGACUCAGGAGGACAUGGAUCUGAUCGAGGUGCUGUGGAAGCAGGAUGUGGACAUGGGGUUCUCUCUGGAGGAUCCUAUGCAGCUGGAGGGUCCUCAGGCCACGAAAGUGGAGAUGGGCAAGGAGUUGGAUAAGGACCUGAAGGUUUUAGAAGAGAAGAAGAUGUUAGAAGAAUCUGAAAAGAUCGAGAAGGUCAAGGCUUGUCUGCUGGAUACUGAGAAUAAAGAGGAUGACCCCUGGGCUGGACUGUCAUAUACAGUUGAUACUGAAACAGGUGAAUACGUGAUACAAGGCGAUCUCCCUCGAGACCUGGUAAACACUGAAGAGUCCCGAUUCGAUUUGCUAGAAGAGGCUCUGCAGCUUGUUGAACUUGGUGACGAAGCUGAGACCAAGGAUGAACAGCCUGAGGCGGUAGAAGGGAGUAGCAGUGGAGGGGGCGAGAUGCUGCAUCCGGCGAUGCGGCACAUGCCGCAUCACCCACUCGCACAUUAUCAUAACCAGUCGUUGAUGCGGUCGAUGUCUGUGGAACAACGGUGGCAGGAUCUGGCGUCGUUGCUGACCAUCCCUCCGCCCCCGGACCAGUACCAGCACUACCACCAACAUGCUCAUGCGCAUAACAUCAGCCACGGCGCAGGGGGCCAUUACCCUCCCAACUACCACGCCCCUCAUGCGCCACUUCCGCCGCAUCCUGAAAAACUUGCGGAGCCCUACGGAGCUGCAGCCCCAAUCGAAAGUUCUUAUAAAGUGGAAUCAGCCCAUCACCCACAACAACAUGACGCUCUAUACUAUCAGAAUUCAACAUCGGAAAUGGCUCCCAAUCAAGAUGGCUUCCUGCAAUCGAUAUUAAAUGAUGAAGAUUUACAACUGAUGGAUAUGGCUAUGAAUGAAGGUAUGUACACAAUGCGCAUGUUGGAUGGCGCCACUGCGCAUGUGCCACAGAAUCAAACUCACAUGCCUAUGACCACAGAGCGUGAUUCGGCUUCAGACAGCGCUGUUUCAUCCAUGGGUUCGGAGAGAGUUCCAUCACUGUCUGACGGAGAAUGGUGUGAUGGAUCUGACUCAGCACAGGAUUACCACAGUUCAAAAUUCCGUCCAUAUGACGGCGCAUAUGUCAGAGAACGAAACGCCCAUGCACCACAGAAGAAACAUCAUAUGUUUGGCAAGAGAUGCUUCCAGGAGCAACCUCACUUGGAGCCCCUCGUGCCUCGUCCCCCAGCCGUGAAGUACGAAUGCGAACAGACAUAUCAUCACGAAAAUAUGCAUAUGCACAAUGUGGAGUACGGUCGUCAUCAGCUGGCAGGUCCUCAUGUGACUCCGCUUCAACCAGCUUUAGACCUGAACACGGCACAUUCCAGUCACGCCCUCCUGCAGAACAACGUAACUCCACCGGCGGUUAACCGUUUCCCGCUUUUGGGUGACAGAGUGAGACACAACCACACCUACAGCGCGCCAUUGCCGCCGCCAGACCAUAGACAACCGGUCAGAGACAAAAGAGUUCGGCGGCUCACAGAUGGCAGCAGUUCCGAAGGAUCCCCGGGACAUUUGAGCCGGGACGAGAAACGCGCCAAGGCACUCGGUAAAUGUAUACCGCUGGAAGUAGCAGACAUAAUCAACCUGCCGAUGGACGAGUUCAAUGAACGCCUCUCAAAACACGACUUAAGCGAAGCUCAACUCUCACUCAUCAGAGAUAUUCGGCGGAGAGGGAAGAAUAAGGUUGCAGCCCAAAACUGCCGCAAACGCAAGUUGGAUCAAAUCACAUCUCUUGCGGACGAAGUGCGCACAGUCCGCGAUCGUAAAAUACGUACGCAGCGCGAUCACAACGCACUCCUCGCCGAACGACAAAGGCUGAAGGAAAGAUUCGCGGCGCUUUACCGACACGUUUUCCAGAACCUCCGCGAUGGUGAAGGCAGGCCUUUAUCAUCAGCUCAGUACUCGCUGCAGCAGGCGGCCGAUGGAAACGUUGUCCUUGUACCCAAAAUGAACCCGCACCAAGACCACGGCAUGAACAGAACCGACGACGACAUGGACAGAAAAAAGAACUAUGAGUGACAUUGCCUACCUGUUUGGUAGCGAGACUGGAACAAAUAUACCUCUGUGUUUACAAAAUUAAUCCACGUACUUAAGAUAACAGAAAACGUGAUUUCUGCCAAAAGCAAUAAUUCUGUACAAAUUGCCUUAUUAAAGAUAAAAAUUCUUUUGAAACA